AACGCGUCCGGUUCGGUUCGCUUUACGAUGUUGCGACCUGCUGUGCUCCUCCUGGUCACCAUCGUCGUGGUGGGACAAGCGUUUGGCGGCGGAAUUCUGAUCGGUAAACGGAAUGUGCUCUACCCGCUGACGGUAGUCCAUUGGAACGAUUUCCACGCACGGUUCGAGGAAACCAAUGUCCUGUCGACGAGAUGCAACGUGGCCGAAGGGGAACGGUGUAUCGGAGGCUAUGCGAGGGUGGUGUCGGCGGUGCGGAGUUUGAGCGAGCAGUACAAGGAGCAGAACCCGGUGUAUUUGAAUGCUGGGGAUAACUUUCAGGGGACAUUCUGGUACACUUUGCUGAGAUGGAAUGUGACGAGCUAUUUUCUGAACUUGCUUCCGGCGGAUGCGGUGACCCUGGGAAAUCAUGAGUUUGAUCAUGGGAUUGCAGGAGUUGUACCGUUUAUGGAAACGCUCAAGUCUCCGAUCGUGGUGGCCAAUAUCGAUGAUAGCCAGGAACCGACGAUGCAGGGGAAGUAUCAGAAAUCGGUAGUGAUCGAGCGCGAUGGAAGAAAGAUUGGCGUUAUCGGUGUGAUUCAUCAUUUGACGGAUACGUUGAGUAUGACGGAGCGGUUGAAGUUUCUGGAUGAAAUUGAGGCGAUAAAUGGCGAGGCGGAGAAGCUGAAAACGAGUGGAGUGAAUAUUAUUGUGGUUCUGUCGCACUGUGGGAUCACUAUUGAUAAGAAGAUCGCCGCUCAGUGUGGAGAUGUGGAUAUAGUAGUAGGCGGUCAUUCGCAUACUUUUCUGUACAAUGGAUCGGCCGAAGGGUUGCCGGAUGUUCCAGAGGAUUCGUAUCCGGUGGUGGUGGAGCAGACCAGUGGACGGAAAGUAUUGGUUGUGCAAGCUUCGAGUUUUACCAAGGUGGUUGGUCGUUUGACAGCCUAUUUUGAUGACGCCGGAAAUCUGAUGGAGUGGGAAGGCAAUCCGAUUUAUUUGGAUGAGUCGGUUCUCAAGGAUCCGCAGAUUUUGCAUGAGCUGGUACCGUGGCGAGAACAGGUUGAUCACCUAGCCUACAGACCAGUGGGAUCAUCACGGGUUGUGCUGUCGAAGGCAGAGUGCCGAACUGGAGAGUGCAAUUUCGGAAGCUUCGUGGCAGAUGCUUUUGUGGAUUACUACACGCAGCGACCUGAGAGUUCGAAUGAGUGGACCUACGCCUCGAUCGGUAUCACUAACGACGGAGGAAUGCGAACUUCUUUAAAGAGUGGAUCCUUGACGUACGACGACAUUGUGACGGCUGUUCCAUACGAGAACACAGUGGAUACAUUUGAAAUACGCGGGCAGUAUUUACUGGAAGCUUUGGAAUACAGUGCAAGCCGAUUCAACUCAGCUGAUGUCCUACAAGUGUCCGGCAUUCGAGUCAUCUACAACGCCACAAAACCAGCGGGACAUCGUGUAGUUUUGGCAGAAAUUCGUUGCCGUGAGUGCAAAGUGCCCAUAUACGAGCCCCUCGAUCUGAACAAACAUUAUCGCGUUGCCAUAGCCGCCUGGAUUGGUAGCGGUGGCAACGGGUAUUCGAUGUUUGGCGAGCAUCGCACCAACGUUCGCGUUGGACCUCUCGACAUCGUGGUGCUAGAGCAGUACGUUGCUAAGAUGAGUCCAAUAAUGCAGGGGACGGACGGUCGGAUCCGUGUCAUAAAAUAAAAUUUAAUCUUAUUGCCCUAAUCUUCAGCGAGCAAAAAAUUGUAUUUUUAGAUGUUGAUUUUCCAAGCUGAGUAAAAUGCACCGCACAUGGCCGAUUAAACCAACUCAAAUUUGAACAUCG